AUGGAGGGAGAUGGCGACGCUGCGACGGCGCCGUUGCUGGACUUCAUCGAUGACCAGUCAGCCGCCUCGGAGGAGCUGCUGCGGUGGGAGCCAGUGCCAUUCGACGUGCUGUCGCGGCUGGCAUUGUGGGAAGCCGGCAACCUGUGGCGCAUCUCAUGGGCGUCCAUCCUCAUCACGCUCUUCAGCUUCACUCUCAGCCUCGUCACGCAGAUGUUUGUUGGCCACCUUGGUGAGCUCGAGCUCGCUGGGGCCUCCAUCACCAACAUCGGCAUCCAGGGCCUAGCCUACGGCAUCAUGCUCGGCAUGUCGACUGCAGUGCAGACGGUGUGCGGCCAGGCCUACGGUGCGAGGAGGUACAGGGCGAUGGGCGUUGUUUGCCAGAGAGCGCUCCUCCUCCAGUUUGUGACGGCCGUCGCCAUCGCUUUCUUCUACUGGUACUCUGGGCCAUUCCUGCGGCUCAUUGGGCAGGCUGAGGAUGUGGCUGUGGCGGGGCAGCUGUAUGCUCGUGGGCUGGUGCCGCAGCUGCUCGCGUUUGCACUCUUCUGCCCGAUGCAGAGGUUCCUGCAGGCUCAGAACAUCGUCAACCCCGUGGCAUACAUGGUGCUUGCUGUGCUCGUCUUCCACAUCCUCAUCUCGUGGCUCGCUGUGUUCGUUCUCAGCUUUGGCCUUCUCGGCGCGGCUCUGACGCUGAGCUUCUCUUGGUGGGUGCUUGUGGCGUUGACAUGGGCAUACAUCAUCUGGAGCCCGGCUUGUAAGGAGACGUGGACCGGGCUGUCCAUGCUCGCUUUCAGAGGCCUCUGGGGAUACGCCAAGCUCGCCUUCGCGUCGGCUGUUAUGCUAGCGUGA